AUAACAAGUAUUCAAUCUACUAGGGGAUAUUUGAGCAUAAUAAUAAUACUAAAUAUAAAUCGACUUAAUUUGAUUUAAAUAAUUCUUUUUUUAUUGAUGGAGUACUACGGUAAUUUUGUAUGUAAACAUAUAUUACAAAAAAUAACUAGUUUCAAUGUGACUAUGAUGACUGAUGAAAUCUGUAUAUGAAUAAUUUCUUAAGACUUGUUUAUUCCUUAUAUUCGUAAUUCUAAUAAUAGAUUUUUCGCUUAUGUAAUUUCUGAAAAGUGAUACUAAUCCCGCCUGCGGUUUUAUGAAACUUUCAUUCGAUGAAUAUUCUUUUUAAGUUGUCCCCAAUAAGAUCCUUUUACUUUACAGAUAUUGUUAUGUCGUAUCGCGUAUCAGAAGAUUUCAUUUGAAAUACUUCAUCAAACAUAAUAUAUCCAUAAAGUAUUUAUCAUUACAUUUCUUAUAUUGCAAACCAAUGUUAACCUAACCAAAUUUCUUACAAUUGCAUUUGUUUUCAAUAAUUCGUGUAUUUUAUAAUAAUUUAUUAUCAGAGAGCAGUCAUAUAUUCUGUGACGAUGUUCUGAAAGUUCCUCUCGAAUUUUUAUACCUGAAUCAUUCUUCCGAUCUUAGAUUAAAGGUAGGGGUGGUUUUCGUUGGAGGAUACGUCCCUGUGGCCCACGUGAAAAGUACAGUCAGUCACGAAAGUCCUCCUACAAUCCUUAAAUUUUGAAUAUUAUAGCAAAGAUUUUACCUCCAGCAAUUCUUUGGAUUAAUUGAGUUUUAUUUACAAAUUAACGAAAAUUAUAAUAUCGAAUAAAUUCUAUGUCAUUUUGUAUCAUAUGUAGAUGUAAACUCUGUAAAAAAAGGUACGUUUUUAAUCUCUUUUAAUAAAUGGGAUACAUAUACAAAAUGGAAUGUAGACUUUUAUACCUGACUGUAUAUACACAAUACUGUUUCGCUAAGGCUAACUGGCCAGUUAUCGAGGGAUGUAUGUUUCUAGCAAAUAUCGAGUAUCUCUCUCUUCUUCAGUGAAUGACACUGACAUACCGACACCUGACACAUUUGUUUAUUGUACUCACAUACGGCAGACGUAACACCAGAUAUCUCAAGAAGUGGUAGGGAUAGAAAUAGCCACCUAACGAAGCAAAGUUCUAUCCACUUAACGAGACACUACUGUUAUACACGCGGGAUGGGAGAGCAUUAGGAGUAAGAUCAAACAGUUCAACGUGGAUUCUCGAUCGUAGCAGGAACUCUUCGUAUUACGCGGCAUACAGGAUAUUUCUAUAAAAAAAUUCUUUCUUAUUUGCAACAAAUAAUUUUCUAAAUAUAUAUUAAUGAAAUUUUAGUAACUUUACUAAUGCAAAUAGUAAAUACAAUUAUUAAACAAUGUUUGCGCUAGUGACUGGUGGAUGUAUAGAUGAAUCUUGACAUAAAUGUGAAGUUUUGUGGUUUUUGUGAUGCUGGAUUUUUUAUAGAGAUGAAAUAGAUUUCUUUAUUUAUUCUAUUGUCUUUGAUUGUAAUGGUUACAUCACCAUUGCACAGCCUAUUAAUGACAUCGGGAGAAAAAGGAAAAAGUGAUUCGAAUAUCGAGAUAACUAUCGAUGUUAUCGAAUUAUCGUAAGUAGAAUUAAAAUGAUACGGCUAUUUUCUAUCGAUCUUUUUAUCGAUUAUUUCUAUAUGACUCAAAAAGUAAUAUAUACAUACAUAAUUUAUAAAGUGAAGUAAGAUUGUCUGUCUUGAACAUGCUAAUAAAACCAUAUUUCUGUUAUUUAUUCAUUACGGUCAGCUUUUUUUCGUGAUGUAACGUCUUUUUGUGCCUGCUUUUUUCUUGUGAAAAUGUUCUUUGUAACUUUGAACUUUGUUCUUGUAAACCUUCAAACGCGAAUAAAUGUUAUAUCUUGUAAAUCAGGUAUGUAAUGUUAUCGUAUAUGAAGGUGAUUUUUUAUUUUUUCGUUCAAUGAAAUUUUAAUAGUAAAUGAAAAUUUAUUGUCGAAUAGUUAAAAAAUUUUGAUUACAAAAUUUCUAAUUUCAUACUUUGCAUGUGAAAGCCACCGUGUUUCGCAUAAAUGUGAAUGCAUAAACCGGAGCUCGGCCGUUUUAUUCUAAGCAAAUAUAUUUCAAUAGACAAUGCAUGUAGUUAAUCAAUAAAAGCUGCUGUCAUAUAAUUAGUCUUGAUUAGCUGCGGAAAUUUAUUUGCAGCAGUAUCUUCAUUUUUUCGUUCUCGAUGCGAACAAUUACGCGGCUUUUAUUCUCCUAACAAUAAUUUUCUUCUAUUUUUUAAUUUAUAGUAAUAAUAAAAGUAAGAUAUAAUUUAUUAAUAUUUCUUAACUAUUGUCGUUGGACCAUUGAGGACUAUAACAAUUUAGGGUUGGAUUAUUUAAUUUUUGUAAUCUAUUAUAAAUUGCUAUGGUCAACUAUAAUCCAAUGAUACUAUUUUGGGAUUAAAUCAAAAAUCUCAUAAGUAUUUUCGAUAUAGAACAAUAAAUUUAAUAUGUUUUCAUACUAAUUUGUUUUCUCCACCGUAAUACCGCAUGUUUAAACGCCAAAAGGAGGGAAAUUUAAGUUUCUUCGUUUUGCUCGAUUGAUAUGUACGAAAAAUCGAUAACGCAAACUGUGAUCAGUGAUGUGUGAACUUGGAAUAAAACAGGAGGAGAGGUGUGACGCUCUAUUCGCAGCGUUGAUGGAAAAGGAUAAACGAUUCGAAAGACAAAUCUCGAGGCAGCAAAUUUUUACGUGAGAUGGCAUGAUUCUAAUCAGUUGAAAUCUGAGAUAUCCACAAAAUGGCCAAGCAAAUAUCUUUUUAUUCCACUCUGACGUCUGAAGAAAAGAAUAGAAUGCAACCGUGUUUGAAAGCUAGGUGUGUCAUCAUGUCCAAUGAUUCACCUCCACCGCUGCAGACUUCUAUACCUUUGGUAGAUUACGAUGUACCAGAUGAAGCGCGUCCUGGUAAGAUCACACCGACCACACCUACUACUCCGGUAACGAAUAAAUUAUCGAAUGCCGACACCGAUACGGAGAUGAUUGAGAAUGCAGUACCGAUCACGCAGACCGUACUGCCCGUUCCCGAGCCACAGCCGAAAAUUGAGAAGAAUGGAAUCGACUCGGAGGCGACAAAACCAGUCACUCAACCCGAAAACGACUCCUGCGUUGUAGAUUGUAUAUAUUUCACGCAGCAGUGUUGCGAGUGUGUAAUACUUUAACAGCCAGAAUUUUUCUCGUGUUGAGCAAUCAUUUUAUAUUCAUUUCACGAUUUAACAUGGUUACGAGAAGAAUGUCAAUUAUAUGGAAUUCUUUUCCCAUCGAAUUAUUGAGCUUUGAUGGAAUUUCAAUAAUUCAGGCUGCCAAUCGAAUGAUUAAUUCCUAAAUAUUGUUAAAUGUCUAUAUCGCAUUUAAGAAAUGUAUGCUCAUCUCGGAUUUUCUAUAUAUUACUAAAAAAAGAGAAAGAUCUGAAAUAUAGGAAUUAGGAAUAUAUUUUGGGAAUGAUAAAAUUUUGAUAUGAUACUUGAAGAAUCCAAUAUUUUUAUAAAAUAAUUAUUUAUUCUGUAAAAUUUAUGAAGUACAUGAAACGGAAAAAGUCGGAAUCUUGUAGUUAAGGUAUAUAUUAGAUCUGGAAAGUUUGUGCAUCAUUUUUAAUAUAACAAAUUGAUCAAGUAUCUUAUAAUUAUAAGAAUUUAAUCACUGAUAUUUCAUAGACUGUUAAAUUUCAUUCCAAUUUAUAAAAUUUAUAUUUUUAAUCAAAUGUAGUCAUGUAAAUGUUAAAGAAAAAUUAUUUGGCUGUAAGUCUUAAUUGAAAGCAAUGAAUUUAAUCUUAUAGAAAAAUUCUGCAUGAUAGUUAUCCAUGCAUUCCUAUUUUUACAUAGUGAUAUCAUAUUAGUCUUUAAGUGCUUUAUACAUUAUUCCAAACAAAGCAUUAAAAGGUAAUAGUUUGUAUCAAAAAUAGAUUAUUAACUUAUAGUAUUUUCUUCUUAAAAAUCAUGCAAUGCCACUAAUUUUAUAUAUAUAUAUAUAUACAUAUGUAUAUAUAAAUAAUAUUGGAAUAUGUACUAGUUCGUUACCCAUACAUAUUGUUCCAUUAUAAAAUUAAAGAGAAUGGAAAGACAUAAUGCUAAUUAUCCUUAAAGACUGCUUAAGUGCCGUAAAUUUAUUUAAAUAUUAAAACUUCAUUGUGUAGGAGAUUUGAUUAAAAGCACAAAUUUACUCGAAUAAAGUCAAUAUCCUACAAAAUAAUAUUCUACAUUCAUAAAUACUAUAAAGUCUUAAGGUAUCACAUAAGGAGAAAAUUGUACAUAAAAGUUGCAAUUUAUACAAAUAAGAGAGAGUAUGAACAAAUUUGAUAAUUACACCUGUUAUACUUUGAAAAUAAUCGUGUAAACCAAAACAAUAUAAUCAAAUUUUGAACAAAAAGUAAUAAAAAUGACAUAUCUUGUAAAUAUAUUCCAAAAUGAUAUUAUAUAGAUGAAAAGCACUGCUGUGGUCUCACAAUUAAUAUCAGUUCUAAAGGCUUUACAAAACUCAUAUUUAUACAAACUUGCUAUUUGUAUAAGUAAUUGACAAAAAGUAAAUGUAAGAAAUUUAACUAUUAUAAAAUUUCCAAAUUCUACUUUUUAUAAUAACAAAUUAUAUUUCAUUAACAUAUAACAUUAAGGUACAUAGAUAUAAUGAAAUUAUUUCAUUGUAAAGAUUAUAGCGCAAUCGUAAAAUUAUUUGACAAAUUAUAUAUAAUUGUAUUUUAUAUAAGAAAUGUAUAUUCAUACAGUUUACUUCUCAAUGGCAUUAAAAUUUUUUAAACAUUACUAAAAAUAUGAAUACAUAUCGUCGAUUGUCUUGCAAGUAGAACAUAUUUAAACAAUAGAAAGUAACACAAAGUGCAAUUUAAUAAUCCACAAUAGUGUAACAUAUGUAGCUGACUUAAUUAGUUUUAUUACUAUUACUACUACUACUACCACUACUACUACUACACUACUACUACUACUACUAUUUAUAUUUUCCCUGUGAAAUGAAUUAUGCUUGUUGUAAAGUGGAACAAACAUUGAAUUGUACAGCAUAAUCGAAAGUAUGUACACUUGAAGAAUGAGACCGCCAAACAAAUAUAUAUAUAUAUGUAUUAGAAGGAUAAAAUUUAUGUUCAUUACUA